AGAGAUCUGCAUGUAUUCUUCCUUCAACACCGGCGCCGCCGCCGAGGACUCCUCCGCCGGCGGCGUCUCAGCCGCUUCCUCGGGCGGAGGAGCCGCCUCCGUAGCUUCCACGGGUACCGCCGGCGGUGGCGCCUCUCUCGCCAGCGCUGUCUCCAACAACAGUGGCGGGAGCGGGGGGACCAACAACGCCUCGCCCGGCGGCGGCGGCGGUGGCGGGACGGACCCCGCUGCCGACGAGAACCGCCUGCCCUUCCGCAGGGGCAUCGCUUUGCUCGACGGCGGUUGCGUCGACAACGUCCUGCAAGUCGGUUUCCACCUGAGCGGUACCGUGACUGAACCUGCCAUGCAAUCCGAGCCAGAAACUGUUUGCAAUGUGGCUAUCAGCUUUGAUCGUUGCAAGAUUACCUCAGUGACCUGUAGCUGUGGAAACAAAGACAUAUUUUACUGUGCCCAUGUUGUGGCCCUUUCUUUAUACCGGAUCCGCAAGCCAGAUCAGGUCAAACUGCAUCUUCCCAUUUCAGAGACUCUUUUUCAAAUGAACAGAGACCAACUGCAAAAAUUUGUACAGUAUUUGAUUACAGUGCACCAUACUGAAGUUUUGCCAACGGCUCAAAAACUUGCAGAUGAAAUCCUUUCUCAGAAUUCAGAGAUCAAUCAAGUUCAUGGUGCCCCUGAUCCUACAGCAGGAGCGAGUAUAGAUGAUGAAAACUGCUGGCAUUUGGAUGAAGAGCAAGUUCAGGAACAAGUUAAACUCUUUCUUUCCCAGGGUGGAUACCAUGGAUCAGGGAAACAGCUCAAUCUGCUUUUUGCAAAGGUGCGAGAGAUGUUAAAGAUGAGAGACUCAAACGGUGCUCGUAUGCUGACACUGAUAACAGAACAGUUCAUGGCUGACCCACGGCUGUCACUUUGGAGGCAACAAGGAACUGCAAUGACAGACAAAUACAGGCAGCUGUGGGAUGAACUAGGUGCUCUUUGGAUGUGCAUAGUAUUAAAUCCCCAUUGCAAGGUGGAACAGAAAGCCAGUUGGCUGAAACAGCUUAAGAAAUGGAACAGUGUUGAUGUGUGUCCCUGGGAAGACGGGAACCAUGGAAAUGAUCUGCCAAGUCUAACCAAUGCUCUGCCUCAGGGUGUAAAUGGAAUACAAGAUUCAUCAAACAGGUCUCACCGGACAGUGUUCACACGAGCUAUUGAGGCAUGCGAUCUCCAUUGGCAGGACAGUCACUUACAGCACAUUAUUAACAGUGAUCUGUAUACCAACUACUGUUACCAUGAAGAAGCUCAAAACUCGCUCUUUGAUUCUCACGGGUGGCCCCUCUGGCAUGAGCAUGUGCCUACAGCUUGUGCACGAGUAGAUGCACUCCGGUCUCAUGGCUACCCAAGAGAAGCCCUGCGGCUGGCAAUUGCUAUUGUUAAUACUCUAAGGAGACAGCAGCAGAAGCAGCAGGAAAUGUUCCGGUUCCAGAAGAAAGAACUUCUUCACAAAGGUGUUACCUCUAUUACAAAUCUAGAAGGUUGGGUUGGGCAUCCAUUGGACCCAAUUGGCACUCUUUUCAGUAGCCUUAUGGAAGCCUGCAGAGUGGACGAUGAAAGCUUCCAUGUGUUCUCAGAUUUCACAGAAAACAUGGGCCCAUGCAAAUCUCUGGAAUACUAUCACUUUCCUACUCACAAAUUCUUAGAAGAAGGAGAAUCUUACUUAACACUAGCAGUGGAAGUGGCAUUAAUAGGAUUGGGUCAGCAGAGGAUAAUGCCUGAUGGCUUGUAUGCACAAGAGAAGGUUUGUCGAAAUGAGGAACAGCUAAUUUCCAAGCUACAUGAAAUAGAAUUGGAUGACACUCUGGUGAAGAUCUUCCAAAAGCAAGCAGUCUUCCUAUUAGAAGCUGGACCCUAUAGCGGUCUAGGUGAAAUCAUCCAUCGGGAGAGUGUUCCAAUGCAUACCUUUGCCAAGUAUCUUUUUACCUCUCUCCUACCUCAUGAUGCUGAACUAGCAUACAAAACUGCACUGAGAGCAAUGCGGUUACUAGUAUUGGAAUCAACAGCUCCGAUUGGAGAUAUGUCUCGUCCUCAUCACAUAGCAUCAGUUGUUCCAAACCGGUAUCCCCGUUGGUUCACUCUGAAUCACAUUGAAUCUCAGCAGUGUGAAUUAGCAUCAACUAUGCUAACAGCAGCCAAAGGUGAUGUUCGAAGGCUUGAAACAGUGUUAGAAUCUAUUCAGAAAAACAUUCACUCCUCAUCACACAUUUUCAAGCUUGCCCAAGAUGCUUUUAAAAUAGCAACACUUAUGGACAGUUUGCCGGAUAUUACCCUUCUAAAAGUCUCUCUGGAGCUGGGUCUUCAGGUGAUGCGCAUGACAUUGUCAACGUUAAAUUGGCGGCGGCGGGAAAUGGUGAGGUGGUUGGUGACAUGUGCAACAGAAGUAGGUGUGUAUGCAUUGGAUAGCAUCAUGCAAAACUGGUUUACACUUUUCACUCCAACUGAAGCUACUAGUAUUGUUGCUACCACAGUAAUGUCCAACAGCACUAUAGUCCGCUUGCAUCUAGACUGCCAUCAGCAGGAGAAACUGGCCAGCAGUGCUAGGACGCUUGCUCUACAGUGUGCCAUGAAGGAUCCUCAGAACUGCGCCCUCUCCGCACUGACCUUAUGUGAAAAGGAUCACAUAGCUUUUGAGACCGCUUACCAAAUUGUUCUUGAUGCCGCUGCAACUGGCAUGAGCUACACACAGCUUUUCACAAUAGCACGAUACAUGGAACACCGUGGUUACCCUGUGCGGGCCUAUAAACUGGCCACGUUGGCCAUGACGCAUCUCAACCUGAGUUACAAUCAGGAUACACACCCUGCCAUUAAUGAUGUUUUAUGGGCUUGUGCACUUAGCCACUCCCUUGGAAAAAAUGAAUUGGCGGCUAUAAUACCUCUGGUGGUCAAAAGUGUCAAAUGUGCAACAGUACUGUCAGACAUCUUGCGUAGAUGUACUUUGACCACUCCUGGAUUGGUGGGACUUCACGGAAGGAGGAACUCUGGUAAGCUCAUGUCCUUGGACAAAGCCCCCUUAAGGCAACUCCUAGAUGCCACAAUUGGAGCAUAUAUUAACACAACACACUCUCGGCUCACGCACAUCAGUCCCCGGCAUUACAGCGAGUUUAUAGAAUUCCUGAGUAAGGCCCGUGAGACUUUUUUAAUGGCUCACGAUGGACACAUUCAGUUUACCCAGUUCAUUGACAACCUAAAACAAAUCUACAAAGGCAAAAAGAAACUGAUGAUGUUGGUCCGCGAACGAUUUGGUUGACAAAAAGAGAAAAAGCGUGAAUGGAUGGGGGAGGGGGUGGGAGGGCAAUACAUUUUUACUUGAGCCUGCCUUUGUAUCCUUUUUAACUUAAAACAGAGCCACACCGGUAUUAUAUGUGUAUAGUUCUAUACUAAGUUUGCAAAACUAAAAUGUCACAUUGUGAAAGUAUGUGUGUCCCCCCCCCCUUUCCUUUUCUGUUUUGUAUGAAAGAUUUGAGAGGCUUAAAAGAGAAGUUUGGUUUACACUGAGUCUAUGUUGUCAAGUGGCAAAAGUCCACCAAGCUCUCCCAUUCUUUCUGUCUAAUCCACAGCCUCAAAACAAAAGAGAGAGAGAGAGAGAGAGAAAGAGAGAAAGAAAGAGAGAGAGAGAGAGAGAAAAAAGAAAAAAAUAUAUUGCAAUGGCUUUAAAAAAAAAAACCAAACAAAAACACCUCCAUCCUGUGAUAAGUACCUCGAAUGGCUCCAGCUUUACUCUUUUGUAAUUCAUCCUGAACAUUUCAGCUUAUUUAAAUGAACCAACCACCCAAAUAACGAAUAGUUUGAAAGGCUGACCCACGUGGCUUUGCAGUGCUUGUUCAUCCAGAAGCAUGGCACAACACAACGCUUGCGCAUGUGGAAACUUAGCGACUGUCAACAUACAUUCUCAGGGAUUUAUCUGAAAAACAUAAAAUUAAAUUAAAGAAUGAGAGCAUUUAUUGUACUGUAUAUAUAUAUAUAUUAUAGUAUAUGUCGGAAUAUUGGGAAAAAAAUAUAACAUUAACUAAUUUAUUUAAAAAAAUCUAUAAUGCGAAAUACUUGAAGCUGCAGUAGCUUGGUUUUGAACAAAAACAAGGAAACAUAUGAAAAAGAUCAAGUGCUUCUAGCUACAGGGGUUGGCUCAAGUGACGAACUGAACAUGCUGGGCAUCUAUGCAGAGCCACCUUUUGGAUUGCAUUCUUGGAUGGAAAUUAGGGGAAAAUUAUACGUAUAUAUAUAUAUAUUUAUACAGAUGCGUGUAUGCAUAUGUAUAUGUAUACACACUUGUGCACUUGUAACAGGCACUCUAGUAAAGAGGGGACAACACAGCCAGAGCAGCAAGCCUUAGCAUUAAGAAUACAGUAUGCCAGAUUUGGGGUUUGUGCCUCCUAGCCUAGAAAACUUAAAUAUCUCUUUUUUCAUAUCAUAGGAUGGCUAUGGAUAAUAAUGGACCACAUUGUUACUACUUGUAAACUUAGCAGUAUGCAUGCAAAUUAUCUUGGGUUCCAGUCCCUGAAAUGCCUGGCUAUUUUGUUGAAGCGAUUUAUUUUACCACUUCUCAUAAAGUAUAUUACAGAAGCAACAGUAUACUGAAAAUGGCUUUGGCAUCUAGCCAGUUGUUUCAAGGGCCUGGUUAUCCCAUGUGAUUUGUGUGUGUUGCCCUUCCGUCAUUGGUGGUAGCCGUGUAGUACAUCCUUGUCUGUAGCUACCUGCAGUGUUUUCCAAAUGAUUGACAUAAUACAUUACGCCUUUGCAGGAGCUAAUAAUAAGCUAAUCUUAUUCUGCAUAGGUAUUUGACUUUGUGCAGGACAGAAAGUUGGUAUGACUGUUCUACUUUUCAGUUAGUUUUUUUAAAAAAAACAAACAAACAAACCAACGAAGUAUUUUUAUUUCCUCUAGAAUUACUUCAGAAGAAAAGCAGCCUUCUAUCUUGCCUUGUCUUAAUGCUUUAAAAUAACCAAACUGGAGAUCUAACUACCAAACUGUUCAUUAUAUUCUUAUUACCAAUUUUGGUUACAGUAUAGUGUCUUUUACUUUAGCUGAUGGUUCUGUACCUUUGUGCAUUUAAUGCAUUUUUUUUAACGUUUUGGUGCAAAAGUUGUCCCGUGUCUCUUGUUCUUUUCACUAGAGAACAUGCUAGAGGUAUGUUUGUAGAUUUUUUUUUAUUUAGAGGGGAAAAUGUUCCAUGCUCUCCAUUUUAUUUAUUAUACUAGGAAAAAAAAGGUUGUACUUCCUCACCCAUGUAAACAUCCUCAUGAAGUUGAAAGUAAUUAAGAUUUGAUACACUGAUAUCAAUUUAUUUAUGUAACUAAAUCACUGUUUUAUAAACUUGUUAAUGAUCAACAAUUCUUUUGUUUUGAUUAAAAUUAGUUUUUUGAAAGUUGA